CCCGAAUUAUUGUAGCACGAACUAUAAGUAGCACCACGGUAGUCAGCAUAAAGAAGGCCGAAUGGUCAGCAGAAAGGAGGCGGCUGCGGCUUUCACCGCUGCCGCGAAGGCGCUGGACGUGCGCGGGAAGGAGCUCGGCGACUUGUGCUUCGCCCUGUCCAAACUAUUGGGGGAGGAGCUCGAGGUGUUUCCGAUAGACGGUGACAACGAGGCAAUUGUUGAGUUCAUGAGGUCCGUGAAAGCCUCGGCGGCUGGCCUCGGCAUGGGGAGCGCGGCUGGAGCUGUUGUUCUCGAGCGGCUGGAAAAGCUUGAGGAAACGCUUGGGGAGAAGAUCCGGGAGGAAAAUCUCCAGCUUGAGGAAACGCUUGGGGAGAAGAUCCGGGAGGAAAAUCUCCAGCUUGAGGAAAAGCUCAAGCUGGAGCUUGGGGAGAAGAUCCGGGAGGAAAAUCUCCAGCUCAAGCUGAAGCUUGGGGAGGAGCUUGGGGAGAUCCAGGAGGAAAUCAGGGACCAGAGCCAGUUCGUGCGAGUCCUGAUGCAGGGCGACAUCACAGCGACAUCCAGCAAGGACAGCACGCCCUACCGCGAGAAUGCCUUCAGGUACUACGGCUACAGCGCCAGGCCCGAGACCGUGAAGUGCAUGGUGACCGGAAAGGACAUGCCAGCCGCCAGUAUCAAGGCGGGGCAUAUCUUCCGUCAGGGCUGGAACCGGGGUUACCUGCCGCUGCUGGGCGUCACCUCCGUGCACGACCCGCGCAACAUCAUCCUGGUCCGCACGGAAGUGGAGACCGCUUUCGACCGGUUUGAAGUGGCCAUCAUUCCCCAGAACGAGGGUUAUCAGGUGAGCAAGAAUGCUGGUUCCGGGGCAGGAGCGGGCCGAGUGCCCGAUGAGAUAGCCCCUGUACGCGGCAAGCUUGCUUGUGACUUGCCGUGCGCGGUGGUGGGGCUGGGCAACAUAUUGAGCCCAACAAUCGUAGAGAA